AUCUGUCAGUGAGCCGUCUAAGUACGACGGGAUAAAAGGUAUCGCAUGCGCCUCCCCUCGCGCGUUCUCUUUGUCCUCGUUCCGUCACACUCCUGUCCCUUCGUUUUCCCAACAUCACGCGGUGGCAAGUCUGACUGCCUGCCAGCAGUCGACGGUCUCUUGAUUGUUAUCUUUCUUCUCACUUAUUUCAAGUGGCUUCUUGCUUCAUACGUUUAAUACCAACUUGAUUGCAUCGCCUAUCACCCACCAUGUCGAGCAAAGACGAGAAGGAGGGUACCCCUCCGAGCUACGCGCACGAUGUUUCUGAGGGCCCUGUUCGAUCUGGUAAUUUCUUGACGCGAAAUGGUUUGAACAUGGAGUCUUUCAAGAUGCGUGACUAUGGUCAUGGCAUCGUCGAGCUUGAUCGUAGCAUGAAGCCCCGACAUUUACACAUGAUUGCCAUUGGAGGUUCCAUUGGUGCUGGUUUCUUCGUCGGUUCUGGUAGCGCUCUGAUGAAAGGAGGCCCCGGUUUCCUCAUUAUUGAUUUCUUGAUUAUUGGUAUCAUGAUUUUCAACGUCGUCUACGCUCUCGGUGAACUUGCUGUUAUGUAUCCUGUCUCUGGUGGUUUCUACACUUAUUCUACUCGCUUUAUCGAUCCUUCGUGGGGUUUUGCUAUUGGUUGGAACUAUGUCCUUCAAUGGCUUGUCGUCGUACCACUGGAGUUGACCGUUUGUUCUAUCUCGAUUGCCUACUGGAACGCAGAUAUCAGCCCCGCCGUCUGGAUCAGUGUCUUCUGGGCUUUCAUUAUCUUCGUCAAUGUCUUUGGUACUCUUGGUUAUGCCGAGGAAGAGUUCUGGUCGUCGUUGAUCAAGCUGAGCGCGACGGUCAUCUUCAUCAUUAUCGCCUUCGUUCUAGUUCUCGGUGGUGGUCCCAGUGGCCACCGGUACGACCAGUACUAUGGGGCGCGGUUAUGGUAUGAGCCCGGUGCUUUCGCCAACGGCUUCAAGGGAUUCUGCUCUGUCUUCGUCACUGCUGCCUUUGCCUUCAGUGGAACAGAGCUGGUUGGUCUCGCUGCUGCCGAAUCUUCCAACCCCUCCAAGGCCUUGCCUAGCGCCAUUAAGCAAGUCUUCUGGCGUAUCACCCUAUUCUACGUCCUGGGUCUUCUCUUCGUCGGCCUACUCAUCCCCUACACCGACCCUCGCUUGCUCAACUCUGGCUCCAACGACCCUUCCGCCUCGCCAUUUGUCCUGGUUGGUAAGUAUGCCGGUCUGUUCGGAUUUGACCACUUCAUGAACGUGGUUAUCUUGAUUUCCGUCAUAUCCAUUAGUGUGUCUGGUGUCUACGGUGGCAGCCGUACCUUGACUGCUUUGGCCCAAGAAGGCUAUGCCCCGAAGCUCUUUACAUACGUCGACAAGAGUGGCCGACCUCUCCCCUCCGUCGUCUUCAUGUUGGCUUUUGGCGGUCUUGCCUACGUUGAGUUGGCUUCUAGUGGUGAAGUCGUCUUCGGCUGGUUGCAAGCUCUGUCUGGUCUUGCUGCGCUCUUCACCUGGGGUUCGAUCUGUCUUGCUCAUAUCCGCUUCCGCUCUGCCUGGGCCUACCACGGUCACACCCUAGACGAGAUUCCUUUUAAGGCUAUCGGAGGUGUCUACGGAUCAUGGUUGGGAUUGUUCCUCAUCUUCUUGGUUCUGGCUGCUCAGUUCUACGUUGCUAUCUCACCUAUUGGUGUGAACCUUGGAGAUGCCGAGACUUGGUUCAACUCCUACCUUGCCCUGCCUGUUGUUCUCGUUUUCUGGGCCGCUGGUUACGCAUGGAAGCGAAAGGGUUGGUUGAGUCUUGCUGAGAUGGAUGUUGAUACUGGUCGACGUGAACACAACUGGGAAGAGAUAAACGAGUACCGCCGACACCUUGCCACGCUUCCUGCUUGGAGACGCCUCUACCAUACUGUCUUUUAAAGCUAGAGGCGUUAUGCGUGGCUGUCAACGCCCACCUAGAAAUAAUAGAUUAUUAUAUAGCAUUCUAUGUAUAUACGGCAUAAUCACAUGUGCAUUGCAUUCCUAAACGUGGGAUAUGCACCCUUUUUUGUCUUCAAAAAUGAACAAUCUCCUAGCCACACUCACGAUCGAGGUACCGAAAUCACAUAUGUGAAUUAAGAUUUAAUCUUUACACAUGACGCAAUGGAAGACGGCUAUGUGCUUCCUCUUAGGAGACUCAUAACAAUUCUUAUAUCGCAGCUUGUUUGGCAUAGCUAUGGCAAAUAAAUUUAUGGUCAAUAUCUGCUACGUGGACCUGGUGUAUAUAGGGCAGGACAGAAACUGAGUCUGUAGGCUG